AUGGACUUAAAGCGUCGUCUGCUGUUUGACUUUUUAAAGUAUGAAAAAUUUGAUAUUAUAUUUCUUCAAGAAUCGCUUAUUGCAACCGUUGAAGAUUGUGUAAAAUGGAACAAGGAGUCGAGACUGAAAGGGUAUUGGCGUCUUGGCUUGUCAAAUAGUUGCGGUGUUGGUAUAUUACUCCGCGAUCCCAACAGAUUCAAACACUGUACUUUUCGUUGUGAUGUUGCUGGACGUAUCAUUUCUUAGGAUUGUACACUCAAUAGUCAGAACUUGCGGUUUAUUAAUAUAUAUAUGCCCCUACUGAUUUAACUACGCGCAUAGAAUUCUGGAUACACAUUUCGUCUCUCGUAGACGGUUAAUUAUUGGAGGUGAUUUUAAUUGCAUGUUAGACUUGGACAAGGAUAAAUAUGGCGGAAAUCCAGUCUCAGGAGAUACUGGUGCUUUACAUCUAAAGAAACUAAUACAGCGACUUGAUUUUGUUGACAUUUGGCGUAAACAGCACCCAACUGAUCGUCAAUUUACGUGGCAAACUAAACGUGGUAGCAUUAAAUGUCGUUUGGACAGAUUUUAUUUUUCUUCAUCGCUUGUAAGGGAUCAUGACGUUGAAACAGACAUAAUGAUAUAUCCAUAUUCGGAUCAUGAUCUUGUUCGGAUCUUGUUAACGGUUGACAAAGCUAGUAGUAAUGUUGGUCCCGGUGUGUGGAAGUUAAAUGUCUCAUUAUUAAAAGUGCAAGAAGUUCGUGAGCAAAUUGCUUCAUUUGGGGACAAUUGGAAAGAUCGGAAACGUGAUUUUGAUAAUGUAGCUGAAUGGUGGGACUCUGGCAAGCUAAGAUUUAAAAGGCUGUCUCCCUAA